UUCGUUCAGUCAGUCGUGCUCUGACGCCCGUUCCGAGUGGUCGGAGUUCAGUGAGAGAGAGAAGUUCAGCGAGCAAGGAACGUGUAGUACGUUCACUUAAACUACGUUCUCUCGUUCGAACAUAAACGCUAUAGAUAUAUCUAUAUCUACACAUAUAUAUAUAUAAAUAUAUAAGAGACACUUUAAAUUAUUCCUCGUCCGGCCAGUCGCUUGGAUUACGCCUGGCCAGACACCAAAUCACAGUGAAAUCACACACACACGUUUCGAAAUAUUCGACACUACUACCCCCUUGGAUUAACAGUGCAGUGUAGCAAAAUUGUGCAUUGCGAUUUUUGCCGACUAUCUAUUCUCUAUUUCAUCACGUUCUCUGUGAUACACGAACUGUAUAUACACGAUGGUGACCGGGGUGGGUGCCACGAUGCCGACAGGCGGUGUCACCGUCGGUGCUACGCCGCCGGCGCAACACGUGCCCCAGGAGGCUGGACAGCCCCCUGCACAAACCACCACCACGACAACCACCACCAGAAGAUCAGGAGAGAAUCGACGGAGCAAUAAACCGAUUAUGGAAAAACGGCGGCGAGCCCGCAUUAACAAUUGCCUAAACGACCUGAAGACCCUCAUACUCGAUGCCAUGAAAAAAGACCCAGCGCGACACUCGAAGCUGGAGAAGGCGGACAUCCUGGAGAUGACGGUGAAACACCUGGAAACGCUCCAGCGGCAACAGGUUGCCCUGGCUGCCGCGACCGAUCCUAACGUGUUGAACAAAUUCCGCGCUGGUUUCACGGAAUGCGCCGGUGAGGUUGGCAGGUUUCCCGGGCUGGACGCCUCGGUGAAAAGACGUUUGAUGGCCCACUUGGCCUCCUGCCUUGGACCGGUCGAGGCGAGCAACAACAACGUUCAAACAGCGACACAGCAGCCUGUUCAACCGGCGCCGCCGACCACGCAACUCCAAGUGCACAUUCUGCCUCAAGUGGACGCGACACCGAGGAUCCAGGUUCAACAAUCCAACGGAAUCUUCUUCACGAACGCGAACGGCACCGGUCUCCAAUUGGUCCCGACCAGACUACCCAACGGAGACAUCGCUCUGGUCCUGCCAGCCGGUGCGAAAGCAACUCCAGUCACAUCGCCAGCAACGUCCCCGGCGCCAACCUCGCCUCUGCCAACUCUGAUCCCGAUUCCUCAGAGAACGGCCAGCACGGCAUCGGCGUCAUCCUCUUCCUCGUCGGUAAGCUCGACGUCCACGUCGGCGGCGAGUCCUGUGGCGUUCGAAGCACCACCGGCGACCUUCCGCGAACAACCCGCCGCUUACACCAACGGAAACAGUCACAGGGACGUCGCGACGUCACCUGCCAACGGUUACACCAGCGAUCCGGAGUUCGACCCACGUGUGUACAGUCCACCACUCCAAAAACCCCUCACUCCUUGGGUAUCAGCCUUGUGUCACUCCAAUGGACGAAAAUCGUCGCCUGGUAUCGUGACGCAAGCGAUUGCUCAAGCUGACGACACCCAAGGAGGUUCUCGAACCAAGACCGAGGAAAAAAAGAAAGGAAAGAAAGAAAUCCCUCCAGUCACUCUGAUCCCAGACAGCGUUAAUUAUUCAAAGUCGACGCACGUGCAGGCCCGUGAAAAUCCGAUUGGACCCCGAUUCCCUAGACAUAGUAUUCUUAUCAUGAAAAAUAAGUUUCACACAAGAGAGCCAAUCAGAUUAUGUAAUCAGAUCACUGUUAUUAUUUACGUAUCUCCAGAGAUUCCAAGUCCCAAGUAUCCUGCAUACAUCGAUCAUUUAAAAUUGAAGCGUUCGAUUGAGGCCAAAAUGCCAUUUCAAGAAAAUCGAUUCCAAACUUUUCACUAUCCUGUUACUCAAUCAGAAGCAAUACAAUUAAAUCCAAAAGAGAAGUAA